AACAAAUAUAUGGGCGUAUAGCCCAAUCGUAUAAAGAAAUCUCUUCCGUUUUCACAUCAGUGGGACAGUCCACAUCGGAAGUUAAACGGAGCAACCAUGUCACUCGGUGCUUCUCUGAAUAUUCCCGUCGCUAAACUCUUCUUCCUCUCGAAUUCGCCGCCUUUUCUUCUCAAUUCCAACAAGCUUUCUUUCAAUUCUCUUCUCAGAACUCCAAAAGGAGUCUCUUCCGUUUCCUCUUCUUCCAACUCUUCUUACUCUCUCCAACCAGAUGAGUUAGAAGACUUCGUCAUCGGCGAUUGUGUUAUUUUUGAAGAUGACGUGUUCGACGACCCAUAUGUGUCGGAUGAUUCGAGUGUGGAUAAUUCCAUUCCGAGCACAGCGAAGUCUAAGCCCAAGAGCGCUGUUGUUGAGAUUAACCCCGAAAAUCUGGUGCCAGAUGAGUGGAAAGAAGUGCAAGCGGAGAUUAACAUCACGAAGAAAGAGAGGCGGAAGAUUGCUCAGGAAAUGGAGUUUGGUUCUCGAGUUGAGAAGAAGAAGAAAGGGCUUGUUCCUUUGAGGAGUGUGAAUUUGGAGGAAUAUUUAUCGUAUAAGGAGGCGAAGAUGGCACAAUUGAAGCCACUUGUUCUUGAUAAUCCGACUAGUUUUCCGGCCACGGAGGAAGUUAAUGGGGCGGAGGAUGCUAUGAGCAGGUCGAGCGAGCGUGUGGCGCCAAAAAAUCCCAAGUGGGCGGUUUAUGGUAGGGGGCUGGAGGAUGUUUCUGAGUUCUUUAAUAGUGGACAAUACCAGCCUGCUGAUAGAAAAUCUGAAGGACCUCGCAAGUUAUUUUCAAAAGAGGAAAAGGCUAUGCUGAAUAAAAGGGUGCCUGAUCUUGCUUCUGCUCGUUCUGAUAUGUGGUUGCCUCUACAUACUCUUGUCGGGUCUGGAGAAUUUUACCUUGUGGAUGAACUACUAAAAAACAAUGUUGAUAUCAAUGGUGUGGAUAAGGUUGGUUUCACGGCUCUUCACAGAGCUAUAGUUGCAAAAAAGCAAGCCAUAACUAAUUAUCUUUUAAGAGAAAGUGCCAAUCCUUUUGUUCGAGAUAAGGAUGGCGCAACUUUGAUGCAUUACGCUGUCCAAACUGCUUCGAGUCAGGCGAUUAAAACUCUUCUAUUGUAUAAUGUUGAUAUAAACCUUCAGGAUAAAGAUGGGUGGACACCAUUGCAUCUCGCUGUUCAGGCUCGUCGGACAGAUGUAGUUAGGCUUUUAUUAAUUAAAGGAGCUGAUAAGACGCUAAAAAAUGCGGAAGGUUUGACCCCAUUGGACAUCUGCCUCUAUUCUGGUCAAGACACAAAAACUUAUGAACUAAUAAAGCUGUUGAAACAGCUUCCAAGACCAAGUAAACUGCCUUCAUGACAGAGAUGAUGACUUGAACUAGCUUAGGCUCUGGAAGAUCAAUUAUCGCCAUGUUUCGUAUGCCAUAGUGGUCCAAGUUUUAAAUCGAGUAUGCUACUGGAUUAACGCCAGCUUCUUUGCUAGAUAAUUCUAUCAGAGCAAAUAGUACUGUGAAAGUGACAUCAUUGGAACCGGGCUAGAAACAUGUCUCUACACGAGCGUUCCAGUCGGACUUGGAGCAAAUGCAUCUAUGACAAUAUCUAAUUAAUGAUUAUGCAUGCGAAGUCCCACGAGUAUCUUAUUCAUUUUUCUUUUUAUGUUGAAAGUUGUAAUAACCCUUUCCCUUUGUUUUGUAUCUGUUGUAAUUAAACAAGAUUUUGAAGUCAUGUUUUAUUGACUUAAGUUAUGAACUUAAUUGAUGAACUCAAA